AUGCGUAUACAUCAUGCAUUCUUUAGGCAAUCUUGUCGCAUAAUGCGCGGUAUCGACUCAGCGAGAUCAACUCCCACUUUUGUUAACGGUACCGACGGCAUGGGGACCAUCCAUAUGUUAUUUUCGAAACGAACUCACAGUAACACAACUCAUAGUAAUGCAGACUCAGCUUAUAUGCCUGGCAGCAACCUCCAUGUUGAGCACCCCAUAGUGCAACUACCCGCACGCUCAUUAUGGUGCAAGCAAUAUCCUCUUGAUAUUUCUCUUGUUCGUCGCGGUGAGUUCAAUGAUAUGAUUGGCCGAGUCCGAGCAGCGCGGCAUUACUACCAAUAUCCUUCUUUGUGUGCUCCAAAGAUUGGUUGGAACGUGCAGAUGUUUACCCUCUUUGAUGGCACUGUCUUCAUUAACCCCAUUAACCUUGACGCACUAGAGGUGGAGGAAAUAGCUAAGCAAAAGAGCAUCACCUUUGUUGAGGCUGAAGCUCUGUGGAUGGAAAAGAAACGCCGUGAGGGGAAAACUUGUUUUGCAUGGGAGCCGUGUGCCAGUUGCUGUUUUCUGCUACAUUUCAUUGAGCGUCCGUCAACGGUGCGUGUGCGGGCGAUUGCAGAAGAUGGCAACCCAUUUGAAGUUACCCUCGAUAAGAUGAGGGCGCGGAUGGCGUUGCAUGAAUUGGACCAUCUUAACGGUAUUCUUUUUACCCGUCGGAUUCCUGACACGAGUCACGUCGUCCCGUUGGAGGGGUUUAGUACAAUGAGCGAAUGGCCUGAUGAUUACCCCUCGUUGGAGGCCCGAAGCACGUUCCUCUAUACCACCUUCACGCCACCCUACACAUUCAUCACGGAUAGCGUUGAAGAUGCUCAACUCCUCGACCGGAAGUUCGAGGAUGGAAUAUAUCCCGGUUGCGAGCAUGACAGGCGCAUGCGCAUUGAAAGUGCUGCGUUUGAAGAACUACAGCGGGCACAGUGGCGUAUGGAAAAGACACGUGAGGAGAAUAGCGAGGAGUACGAUGGAGUUGAGGGAGAGGUGGAUGAAGAAGAUCAAGAACACUGUGAGGAGACCGCCGCUGGUGGUGUUGCAGUGAAGGAUAACGCCCCUCAGUAG